AUGCAAGUGUUCCAUCAGUGUGCUCUGAUUUGUCCGCCUGAUCCCCAAAUUGUGCCUUCAGCCAACAAGUGUCUUCCCGGGUGGCUCGAGCACGACUCCAGCUGCUACAAGAAGGAGAUGAUUCCCAACGGUUGGCUGGGGGCCCGGCACCACUGCGUCUGGCAGGGCGGCGACCUGCUCUCCAUCACCUCCUCGGCCGAGGAGGACUUUGUGAAGCGCACCAUGGGCAAGAACACCCGCUUCUGGCUGGGACUCUCCAACCAGAAAUGCGACGACGUCUGGUGUGGCUUUGUAGCCGGAAGCCAGGAGCUGAUCUGGUCUGAUGGCGAGACAACGACACACACCAACUGGGCCUUAGACCGAUUUAAAAGGCUGCCCGGAGGGACGGACGUUUACCUCCAAUCGUGUUUCUGCUGUAAUGAAGAGUGA